GCUGAAUGAAUAGGGGAGAUGGGGAGAGAAAGGGAGAUGUUGGGAUGGAAUUGCUAUGCUGUUUCCUGGCAACUCUCCUGACGCAACAAAAAAGUCGUUACAUAAAAGAGGGGGGAAAGCAAAUUCUGGGAAGAGACAGAGAAUCCCGAGGCACAGGGAGAGAAUGCAGAUGCGGCCGGCCAUAAUAACCUGCAGCCUGGAAGGGAUCUGCAGCAUCUUGUGAAUAGAAACCUACAGGAGGCAGAGGGAGGAGAGCCUGAAGCGGCUGGAUGUGCCCAAUGCAAUACAAACCCUGAUGCCUUUGCGCCUCUCACACUGGAUAUGCCGCGCUCUGCAAUCAAAGCGACCAGUCAACUCCAGUCAGGAGAACAGGCAGCGUUUUGAUGAUAUGGGGAGGAAGAGGGGAUGCAAAAUGCACUAAACCACUUGUACUUGAUCGCUCUUUGGUGCCGGGCCCCAAACCAGCAACAUGUCCAUACCAAAAAUCCAAACUGAGGAUGUCGACGACGAAACUGACGCCACUUUAGUGCCUCCUCAUGACGACCACCUUAGAAGCCUGAAGGCCCUCACUGAGAAGCUGAGGUUGGAGACGAGGAGGCCUUCUUACCUAGAAUGGAGAGCAAAGCUCGAAGACCAAACAUGGAAAAGCCCAAAGCCACCAGAAGAGCAAGAGGAGAAACAGCAGCCAGGAGAUGGAGAGGAACCUUCUUGUCAGAACAUGGAGCAGGUCCAACUGAGCCCAAGGGUUCCAAAGGAGCCGGAUCUUGGUUCCAGGAAAAUAAAUGGGUUUGAUAAUAUCGAUGCAGCCCUGAGCUGGCUACGGAAGGAACUGACUGAGAUGCGCCUUCAGGACCAGCAGUUGGCGAGACAGCUGAUGCGCCUGCGCAGUGACAUCAACAAGCUGAAGAUCGAGCAGACGUGCCACUUGCACCGGCGCAUGUUGAACGACGCCACCUACGAACUGGAGGAGAGGGACGAGCUGUCGGACCUGCUGUGCGAUUUCCCCCUCAUGUCCCCUUUCAGCCUCUCCACCCCCCUGAAGCUUAUUGGGGUCACCAAAAUGAACAUCAACUCGAGAAGGUUCUCGCUCUGUUAAACCGCCAGUUGCCUGCGACAAAAGAGCACAAAGUCGCAACGGUUUCCCAGACGGACAUUUAUGAUGAUAUAGACCUCUUUGCUGCCUUAUUUCAGAACCAGUGACCCGAAUGUCUGUACCGUGUUGUAUCACAGAACUGUGCCUAAGUGCCAGUCAGAACAGCCCAUAUUCACUCUGUGUAAGGAAAGCGCACAAAUAAUGUCAUUUAUACGUCAGAUACAGUUACAGCUAUGGGGACCAGUGCGGCCAACUAAACCUAAUGGUUACUUUGUCAGUACCAGUUGGACCAAUGGGCUCAGUUGCCCAUAGUGAAGCUUUCGCACCUUGUGUUGUAGGUACAGUUAGUGAUUGGCCCUGCUAAUAAGUAAAAUGUUGGUAUUGCAAUGUUCUGAUUGGCUGCUUCCUCCCUCCUUUGUGUACUGGUUGGUUCCAGCCUACUCAUCUCAGCACUUAGCACAAAAAGAACAAUUACCAUAGGCAGGGCAGCCAUCAGAAAUCAUGGGACCCCUCACAACAUUUUGCAUUGGUGCCAGGGCAGGGACCCCUAAAACAU